CGUUUAGUGUUUUGUUGACGUUUGAACAGCGCUGUGGAAAGUUUAGGACCGCUGCGAUAUACUAUUUGAAUAUGUAAAUUAUUUGCUAUUUAACUAUGCGCAUUGCCGAGUGCUGGAGUCUCAAGAGAAUUUUGUCUCAUAUUGCUGAUGUUCUACAGUAAUAAACCGUUAGAUAUUAAGAGUUCGACCGACAUAGUCGAGUGUAGAUAAUUAAGUUAUUAAUGUGCAAUCUCUAAUUAUUCGCCUGCGUUAAAAAUUUAAACAUUAUUAUUUAAACAUUAUGGCUGAUUUUAUGAUCGGUGGUUUGGCAUCUGUGGGCGCCAUAUGCUUCACUAAUCCACUGGAGGUGAUUAAGACGCGCAUACAACUGCAGGGUGAGCUAGCCGCGCGUGGAACCUACGAUGUACGCUAUAGAGGUAUCUUACAUGCCUUUGUGACCGUUAUCAAAAACGAUGGUUGGACCGGACUGCAAAAAGGGCUCGUGCCAGCAAUGUAUUUUCAGUUUACAAUAAAUUCAAUACGACUGGGAAUGUACAACGCUGCAGUCAACAAACGGUGGACGCGCACAAAGGAUGGUGGUGAAUCAUUUCUAUUGGGGCUCUUUUGGGGCGCUGCUGGUGGUGCCGUGGGGGCCUAUUUUUCUAGUCCGUUUUUAAUGAUAAAGACACAACUGCAAUCGCAAGCGCCCAAGAAGGUGGCUGUAGGAUAUCAGCAUCAUCAUACUGGCAUGUUUAACGCCUUGCAGCAUAUAUAUAUAAAAGGUGGACUUGCAGCAUUGUGGCGCGGUUCAAUCGCCUCCAUACCACGAGCUGCAAUUGGUUCGGGCGCACAAAUCGCGACAUUUGGAAAAUCGAAAGCACUGCUACGCGAAUACGAUUUAGUUGUGCAACCCACUUUGAAUUCAAUGUGUGGUGGUUUUUUGGCUGGUUGUGUGGUGACAUUGGCCAUCACGCCGCCGGACGUUAUAUCGACACGUCUCUAUAAUCAGGGUGUGGAUGUGCAUGGGAAAGGCUUGUUAUAUAACGGUUGGUGGGAUUGUCUCUUCAAAAUCGCGCGAAGCGAAGGUUUAUAUGGUCUCUAUAAGGGUUUCUGGGCGAGCUACCUACGAUUUGCUCCGCACUCAACACUUUUGUUGUUAUUUUUCGAUGAGCUCUUAGCUUUAAAAAACAAGUAUGAAAUGCGCCAUUAAACUGUUAAUAAUAUUCCUAAAAGUUUCCCUCGAAAUUUAUUUUUAUUCGUAGCAUAUACGAGAUGUUUAAAGUAAAUUACAGAUACUAAAAUGAGGUCAUUAAAUGCUCUGAUUGAAAUAGAACAGUGGAACUUCCAUAAUUCGAACUUCUACAACUCGAAGAUCUCCAUAACUCGAACUUUUGAAUUGGCAAUAGAAGUCAAAUUUCAUACAAAUUUCUUUCUAUAAAUCGAACUUUUCGACCAGUGCAUAAUAAAAAAUUUUAAAUUUUACUAUCAAGGCUGGAUUUGAAAAGAGUCACUCUAUAUCGUAUGUAGGAGAAUAAAAAAUAUGAUAUUACACUUAUAGAUUUCAUAAAUCAUGUAACAAAGCCAUGGGAUACAGACGUCAAGAGCCAAACAAUUGCAAAGUGCAACGAACAAAAUUACAGAAUACAUGUUUUAACGUAUUUAAAUAACAUUUUAUGCGAAGUAAAUAACUAAAACUGUAUAUAAAUCGAUAUUUUACAGCUUUAUAAAAAAAUUUAUGUUUUAAUGAAAUUUUCUAUAACUCGAAGAUGUUUUGUGGAUUAUGGUGAUUCGAGUUAGAGAAGUUCCACUGUAUUAUAUAUAACAGAGAUGUUAAGAAAAUAUAAUAGUUAAAAUCAAAUUAAAAGCACUGAGGCUAUAUAAUUGUAUCUGAAUCGUGCCUUCAUUUGUGAAGCGAUAUUUCCUAGAGUGGCCUACAUUAUUGUUUUGCAUAGACCAUUAAGCAAAAUAUAAAAUAAUUUAGAAAGUAAUGUGAUGGUAAUUUACAAAAUUAUAUAUUCGUUUGUAGUUAAAAAGAAAAAAUAUAAAAUAAUUUGAAUGCAGUGUUUCUUUUUCUACUUAAGGGCCAUAAAAAUAUGAUAAUUUAUCGUGUUAUAAGAGCUACUCUCUUUAACUUUGUGGAAAGAAAAAUAAGAAAAGAUAUAAUGAAGAAAAGAUGGAAAAAUAAGG